AUGCCGUCGAGGAAGCGCGGAAGACAGGAGAUGGAGGCCGAAGAGGAGAUCACAACAGAACCCAGCGUAUUGGAUCGGUUGAGGAAUAUGUGGGAAUUCGCCAGUCUUAUGCAAUAUAUCUUCACUUUUGGCAAAGCGGUCAAGAUAGACGAGGAUUUCGACAUCGAGGACCUCGAAGCAGAGUGUCUAAAGCCGGGCCCGUCAGAGCAACUGGCUCAAAUCGGCUUGGCAAUGCUCAAGCAGGUCUCAUCGCAUAAAGGGUUGACGCUUGAGAUCUUCGACGAAUACACACGCAGGCAAUACGUGGCGAAAGCACCGCAGCGCAACCCCUUCGGCACCGAAGAGACGCCCAACAAGUUCGCCGAUUUCGACAUCUUCACAAAGAUCCGUGUUCUGCAGCAGCUUUCGACGUGGACUUUCCACAAUCCCGAUCGCAUACGAGAGCGAAUGCCGGAGCGGGACACUGAGCAGACACAAUGGCGUAUCGACCCGUUAGGAUGGGACUCUGACGACCGAUCCUACCUCCUUCUCGAUGACGACCGACUGUACCGUCGCACCGAUCCUCCAAUUCCCGCCACACCACCUCCUAAGUCCAAAUCGAAAGCAAAGAGCAAGAAGACAAAGUCUACGAGAGGGAGCAAGCGACGAAAGUUGGCAUCAGCGGAGGGAAGCGGUGCGGAAGAGGAAGAAGACACAGUGCUGGUUGAGGAGCCACCGGAAGCUGCAGAGGACGACGGGUUUGGGGGUAUGAAAUGGGAAUGCAUAGCAAUCACCUUGGAAGAUUACAACGCGUUCAUGGAGGGGAUACGACGCAGCAGAGACCCUAAUGAGAAGACGCUGUACAAGAGGCUGACGGAGGACGUCUUGCCCAUCAUCGAGAAGAGGGCUGAGGCGCAGCGACAGAAAGUGUUGCGGAAACAGAGGGAGUUAGAGAAUCUGCAAAAGCUUGCGACUGCUAAGAGGUCUAGUAGAAUCGCAGACAAGAUGGAGAAACAAAAGGAGAUCGAGGCGGCUGCGGAGGCUGAGCGGAAGCAUCACGCUGAACUGGCGAAUGCAAGGAAGGUGCAAGAGCGGCAACGUAAGAUGGAAGAUGCUCGCGAAUCCCGCAUGAUGACUCGGGAGCAGCGCCUGCAGGAACGGGAAGCCAAGAGGAUACUGCACGAGGAAGAGCUAGCGAAGCUGGAGGAGAACAGCAAACUCGCCGAGUCUAAUGAAGCUCGGCUAUCGGAGCGGCAUCUGAAAGCGGAGAUGGCACGGCGGCAGAAGGAGCUGGAGAAGCUGACUCAGGAGGACAACUGGGUGUUCGAUUGUUCCGGCUGUGGCGCGCAUGGCGAGAACUUGGAUGAUGGGUCCCACAGUAUCGCAUGCGAGCGGUGCAAUGUUUGGCAACACAGUGCAUGCAACGGUAUCAAGCAGCAAGAGGCGGAACGAGACGACUUCCACUUCAUCUGCGGAGAUUGCAAGCGACGCGCAGCAGACGCCAACAAGCCAAAGAUAUCACUCAAGUUGCGCGGCUUCGGCUCAUCCGCGUCGCCGAAGGGUAGUUCUGAGAGGCAGGCAGAGCCUUCCGCAACUUCGCCCAGCCAGCACCCUUCUGAAGCUCCUCGACAGCUUCACCGCGUGGAGAUUCCCGUCCAGCCACCGACACUUACGCCUAACAGCUCCUUCACUCUUAUGAACGGGCCGAGUCUGUCACCAGCAGGGCAGUCCCAAGGCCCGCCUGGCAUCCACAGGGUGCAGAAUGCCUACAACUCGCCCUCGAACUUCACUGGAUCUCCAGCACCGACGGCAUACCGUCCGCUCUCCUCAGGCCUGGCCAAUUCCCCGCCGGCCAUGAGCGGAAUCUCUCAGCCUCCGCCACAGGCACAGUGGCACUACGGAAACGGCUACACCAACGGCGCAAACCAUGCCCAUCCACAGUCCAACGAAUCAGCGGCCGCAGAUGUGAUGCGCCCACAGACACCAAACUACAACCCGUACUCGAACUCCUUCGAGCGGCAGAGUCCUCGAUCCGGGCACUCCAAUCCCGGAAUGUCGCCCCUUAAGCCCCCGCCCUCCAUGUCUCCACCUAGGACAAACGGGCAUCUAAACACACCAGCGAACCCGCUCGUAGCAACGCCGCAUACCUCAUUCACCACCCCUGACCUUGCUGCCCCCGGCUCGGCGCACUCGCUCUCCCGUCACCAAAGCUUCCAGUCGACGCAUCAGUACCCCGCUCACCUCCUUUCCGGUGCAAGUCCGGGGUUCUCCCCAGCAAAGCAUAGCCCACCCCGACCGACAAGCCAGAGCGUCGCGGAGACGCCGGUACUUCCACCUAUUGCAGCGUUGUCGCCGAGCGCACGGCCGUUGAUUAUGGAUCCGCCGGUUAAGAACCCGACGCCGGAGCGGCCGAGGGAGAAUGGGCGUUUUGGUCCUGUUUGA